CCGGCCAGGCCCUGCACAGCACAGCAGAGCACAGCGCAGGGCAGCCCCGAGCCAGAGAUGGCGUUGCCGGCCCCAAGCUUGCCUUCCUUCGCCUCUUUCUGCAAGGACAGCCGCCCUGCUCCCCAACGAUGGUCCUGCGGCCUAGAAGCUGCGAUGCCGCCCAGCCACUGCCCCGUGCCGGACCUGAGGCAGAGCUUGGAGGGUCUCGCUCCCCCCAAGGACGACGAGCUCAGCACCGUGCUGGAUCUGGUCCUCUCCAUGGGCAGCAGCGACAACGGCCUCCUCGCCCAGGACUUGCCUCGUGAUUACGCGGGAGCGACCGCGGGGCCCACAGCGAUGGACUGCCCCGCCGGCGGCUUCUACGAGAUGAAUCCCGCGCCUGGAUGCUACAGCCCGCUGGAAAAGGGCAGCCCUCCUCCCUAUGGCUCCACCCUCCUGCCCGACUUGGCCCGCUCCGAGCUGGACACCGCGAAUUACGGACUCCCCCGCAGCAUCCACGGGCGCUUCUUUGUGGCCUCUGGCUUUGGCGGGUCGCCCUUUGUGGACAGCAUUAAGCCUGAACCCGAGGUGGACAGUUAUGGGCCUCUGGCAGGCCUGGGGCCUCAAGCUUGUGCCAACAUCAAGCAGGAGGGCAGCCCGGCCACCUGUAUGCUGGCUGGCUCUCCCCAACUCCCCUGCGCAGAGACCCCCCCACUGAGCCCCGAUGACCUCCUGAUGGCCUCGGAGUGCCAAGGACAGCUGGUGUCUCUCCCGCAGCAUGGCUACCUCCCAGCCUUUGCCCAGCCUCAGUACCACCAGAGACCCUCCCCUUACGGCCUCUUUGACGAGAGCCUCCCCUGCCAGGCCUCUGCCCCCAGGGGCAUGCUCACCCCGCCCUCCUCACCCCUGGAGUUACUGGAAGCCAAGCCAAAGAGGGGGCGCCGGUCUUGGCCCCGAAAACGGACUGCCACACACACUUGCACCUAUGCUGGCUGUGGAAAAACUUACACCAAGAGUUCCCACCUGAAGGCGCAUCUCCGAACUCACACAGGCGAGAAACCCUACCACUGCAACUGGGAUGGGUGCGGCUGGAAGUUUGCUCGCUCAGAUGAACUGACCCGCCAUUAUCGGAAGCAUACCGGGCACCGGCCCUUCCAGUGCCACCUGUGUGACCGGGCCUUUUCCCGUUCUGACCACCUGGCGCUGCACAUGAAGAGACACAUAUAGCUAUCCCAUGCCUGUGAUGUGGGGUGAAGGACCCAUCAGAAUUUGGGGUGCAGGGGGAAUCUUGUAGCUGGUACUACGACGUCUGUCUGCGUGGAGAAGAGGCUGGGGAUGAACGCGGACUAGAGGAGGCCAUUCGUUCCAGCGCUUCCUGAAGAGGCUAAGAACCUGACUGGCUGUUCUUUCACCAUGGGAGAAUAGGACUUAUUUAUAGGAUGGAGAAGAGACAACGGGCUGUCUAUAUGUAAAUAGCAGAUCUGACUAUGCCCAAAACAUAAGCUGUAUCUGAGGACUGUAAGAGGUUUACUGUAGCCCAAAACUUAUUUUUUGAGACAGGAGGUUCUCACUGAGAACAUGCCAAAUCUGUGCUACACACUCGAAGUGUGCACUCAAGGUGCCUUAAAUAUACGAGAACUACUGGGCUAGAGGUCUUGUAAAUAAACCUGUCUUUGAACAGGUAUUAUAUAAAUAUUGUAAAUAGUUUUAUACUUAAGUUGGACUAUAAACAGGAGACAAAAUAGGUUUUUCUCUGCCUAUUCUUUUUUUUAAAUAAAUGUUUUCUAAAAACCAUUAAAAGACUUUUCUAAAAUAAA